CUUACCGGAGUUUAAUAAAAUGAACAUGGCAGCACCCGUAUCGCCCUUGGCUGUAAGGUGUUUCAUUAAGCUUCUCAAAACUUCUAACCCUUUUCAUGUGCGAGUUAAUGGUGUACCUUCAACAAAACUCAUAUUUAAAGCCUACUCAUCUCAUACUGCAAGAACUGAGCCUCUUCAGAUAGUAGACGACUUUGAUACUGUGCCAACUCUUAAUGGGCCCUUAGAACAUUAUGAAUGGCUAGUUAAAUCCGGAAGUCUUAGAGAUGAUAAACAUCAGCGAUGUAUCAUGCAGAACUUGCAGACAUUACAUGAAGCCCUCAACGGCUAUUCCACUGGUUCAAAAGGAAUCCUUUCAAAGCUUUUCACAAAAGUCAAACCACCAAAAGGCCUUUAUGUUUUUGGUGAUGUUGGAACUGGCAAGACGAUGCUGAUGGACAUGUUUUAUUCCUAUGUACAAGUUAAACAGAAAAAGAGAGUCCAUUUCCAUGGCUUCAUGUUAGAUGUUCAUGAAAGAAUUCAUCGUCUUAAAAAGAGCCUUCCAGACAGGAAACCAGGGUUAAUGGCAAAAUCAUAUGAUCCAAUUGCUCCUAUAGCAGAAGAAAUCAGUGAAGAAGCAUGUCUUUUGUGCUUUGAUGAAUUUCAGGUCACUGACAUUGCGGAUGCUAUGAUUCUGAAACAACUUUUUGAAAACCUCUUCAAAAAUGGUGUUGUUGUUGUAGCAACUUCAAACAGGCCACCUGAAGACCUCUAUAAAAACGGACUUCAGAGGUCUAACUUUGUGCCAUUUAUUGCUGUCUUGAAGCAUCACUGUAACACUUUAAGACUGGAUUCUGGAAUUGACUACAGAAAAAGGGUCCUUCCAGCUGCAGGACAACUUUACUACCUCACAAGUGAAGCUGAUGUGGAGGCUGUCGUGGAUAAGCUGUUUGAUGAGCUGGCUCAAAAACAAAAUGAUAUAACUAGACCAAGGAUCCUGAAAGUGCAGGGCAGGGAACUGAAGCUGCAGAAAGCGUGUGGGACCAUUGCAGAUUGCACAUUUGAAGAGCUGUGUGACAGACCUCUAGGAGCCAGUGACUAUUUGGAAAUCUCCAAGUAUUUUGAUACCGUCUUUAUACGUGAGAUACCAUUACUUUCAUUGGCAAAAAAGACGCAGGCACGAAGGUUUAUUACACUCAUUGAUGCCUUCUAUGAUCACAAGGUCCGGGUCAUUUGUUCUGCUGAAGUACCACUGCAUCGUAUUUUUGAACAGAGAGAUAAAAACACUGAAGCAGAAGCAGACAGAAUGCUGAUGGAUGAUCUUGAAUUGAGCCAUGACUCAGCCCAGGGGCUUUCCCUUUUUUCAGGAGAAGAGGAGAUAUUUGCAUUUCAGCGGACCAUUUCACGCCUGACAGAAAUGCAGACUGAACAGUACUGGAAUGAUGGGGACCGAAGCAAGAACUAGCAUAAAAAUAUAUGGGCUCAUUUCUGAGCAUAGGAGACUUCUAAAAUACAGUGUUAUAAACUGUUAUUGAAAGCUGCCAAAAUAUUUAUAGUUAUUGAUUACUCAUAUGCCUUGGCACUUUAUCAGCAAAAUGGAGUUUGCAUCAGUAUUUUACUGAUACAUGCAUACAGUUUCAUAAACUUUCUGAGUUUUAAUUUUUAUAUUAUAAUCCACUUGGAUAUAUGUAGCAACAGUGAAACAAUAAGAUUUCUUUAAGUUUUUAACGUACAUAAAGUGGCAACAUUUUCACAGUCUAGAAUAUGAAAUCAUCUUACUCUUUCAGGUUGCUUAUCUGAAUCUCUUGAG